CCUCUAUUUCUUAACCCAAGGCCUGCAUGUUCUACCUAACCAUCUACGAUCUGGUUUCAUGAAUGGUUCAGGUACCACCCAGUGGUUGCUUCUUCUGUCCAUAAAGUCCUUCAAAGGUCUCUAGAGGGCCUACGCUAGAAUGCCGGUUGCCACUCCAUCUCCACUCCAUGUGGUCCUGGUGAUCAUCCUCUUCUAUAUCUCCGCCAAUGAUGCCUUAAUCCGUGCCGUCUACAACCACAAUGGCAUCAGCCAAGAUUUCAAAGCCCAGCCUUCCGAUUUCGGACCUCAGCUCUACCGCGAAGUUCUCCUGGGGUACAUCGUUGAAGCCAAGCCGGCCAAUGCAUGCCACCCUAUCCGAGCUCCACCACCGUGCAAUGGUUCCUCUAUUGCCUUUGUUGCUCUCAUCCAGAGGUACAAUUGCUCCUUCAUCACCAAGGUCCUCCAUGCCCAGAAGGCCGGGUACCAUGCUGCCAUCAUCCACAAUGUCAACUCACAAGCCCUGGUGAUCAUGCUGAGCGAAAAUGAAGAUGCCAAGGGGCAGGUGGGCAUCCCUUCUGUCUUUAUCGGCGAAUCGGCUUCCACGCAGCUCAAAUGGAUCUUCUAUUAUGAUCCGACGGCUUACAUCAUCCUGAUCCCUGACUGCCCUUGGCCUUCUUGCUGGGGCAGCAGACACAUCUGCCAGACGUCCCGUCCAAAAACCGGGAAAGUCUGUCCAAAGCAGACCUCUUCUUGCUUACCCAACCAGUGCCACUUCUUCAGCAGCAGCGACUUUUACUUCCUCUGCCUCGCAUUCAUGGCCUGGAUAGCGACCAUGUAUGUGCUUUGCCAUAUGUAUUAG